UGAGUCAGUUAGAUAAAGGUGUGUGGAAGUUACAACUUCCACUAUUAUUAAUCACCCACUUCUUCCAAAUCCAAUUUCAUAAACCCUAAUAUUAAACAAUAUAUAUAACUAUAACCCACCCAUAACCUUCUACCUAACUACUCCAAACGAAAAAACACCCAACUUCUAUCAUUUUUUUCCCAUAGUUAUAAACAGAAAAAACAAAAAUUAGUAACCGAAGAUUCAAGAUUCAGAAAAAAAAUGUGUAGAAGAAGAAGUUGAAGAACAGAAACAAACACGUUGGAAGUAGUUACAUACACACACAACAAAAACAGUUUUUACUUUUAAGGUAGAAGAAAAGAUGAUCAGUGAAAAUUCCAAUUCAAAUGGUGGUGACGAAAACGGUGAUAAAGUGAAGGGUUCAUGGAGUAAAACUGAAGAUGAAACGUUGGUGAAACUGGUAAAGGAAAACGGUGCAAGAAACUGGUCGGUGAUAAGCAACGAAAUCCCCGGUCGUUCAGGAAAAUCAUGCCGUCUACGGUGGUGUAAUCAGCUGAGUCCAACCGUUCAACACCUUCCUUUUACACCGGCGGAGGAUAGCAUCAUCAUUGAAGCACAUGCAGUUCAUGGAAACAAAUGGGCGACGAUUUCUCGUCUUCUUCCAGGUAGAACCGAUAACGCGAUAAAAAAUCACUGGAAUUCAACUCUCCGUCGUCGUCGCACGGCGGCUCCUGCAGCGGUUCCACCGGUUACAACGAUUGUUCAAAGGGUUCCAACGGCGGUGCCGGUGACGGUGAUUCCCACCGGUGUGAUGAUCGGAAAACGUGUAAAUGAAAGUUACGACGGUGAUUAUUAUAAGGAUUUGUUGAGUCUCGGUACCCGUUAUAAACGUCCUUGUGUUUUGGUCGAGAAUAAUAGCGGGUCACGUGGCUCACGUGAGGGUGAAGAAACGGUAACGGAAGAUGAUGACGCAGGGAAUAAAGGUGUUAACGUGGUUAGGACGUCGUUAAGUUUGUUUCCACCUGGUUUUCUGAAAGAAGAAGAAGAGAGAAAAGAAAAACAAAAAGAAAUUGAAGAUUUUGAAGAUAGCAAUGAUGAUUUGAAGUUACUGAAAAAUGAGAAAUUGAGGUCGAUGCUUCAGCGCAUGAUAGCAGAGGAAGUUAGGAAUUAUGUUGAUAAGAUGCGCCUUGGUGGUGGGUUAGCUCCUGAUUCAACACUUCGAAAGUGAAAAAAUUUCAAUAUAUAUAUUUUUUAAUUCUUCUUUUUCAUCCUUCUUAUUUUGUUUUAACAUGACAAGUUUUUAGUUUUAUAUAUUUUUGGAGUUCUAUGACAUUUAAUUUGAUCUUCUUUAUGAUUUCUUAUUAA